AGCAGCGCCUGGGGAGCGGCCGGCCGCGGCGCGGAGGGUUUCGGGGUUCGGACCAGAGCGGCCGGAUGGUGAAAUCCUCCCUGCAGCGGAUACUCAACAGUCACUGCUUCGCUAGAGAGAAAGAGGGGAAUAAAAGCACCAUCAUGCCCGCUGUGUUGAGCCUCAGUACCGGACAGAGCAGUUCCAGGGUUCCCUUCAAUUGCUGUAGUAACCUGGGUCCGGGGCCUCGGUGGUGCUCCGAUGUCCCUCACCCACCCCUGAAGAUCCCAGGUGGGCGAGGGAAUAGUCAGAGGGAUCACAAUCUUUCAGCUAAUUUAUUUUACUCGGAUAAUCGGCUGAAUGUAACAGAAGAACUAACAUCUAAUAACAGGACAAGAAUUCUGAAUGUCCAGUCAAGGCUUACAGAUGCCAAACACAUUAGUUGGAGAGCAGUGCUGAACAACAACAACCUCUAUAUAGAAAUUCCCAGUGGUGCUCUGCCUGAAGGGAGCAAAGACAGUUUUGCAGUUCUUCUCGAGUUUGCUGAAGAACAGCUUCGAGUUGAUCACGUGUUCAUCUGUUUCCACAAGAACAGAGAUGACAGAGCUGCAUUGCUCCGGACUUUCAGCUUUUUGGGCUUUGAGAUUGUGAGACCAGGGCAUCCCCUUGUCCCCAAGAGACCAGAUGCUUGCUUCAUGGCCUACACCUUUGAGAGAGACCCAUCAGAAGAAGAUUAGAUCGCAAUGCUUUGCCUCUUUAGAGCUUUCUUUGUUGUCUAUAAAGAUGAUUCUGUAGAAACUUUGUCAACAUCUAUUGCAGCACACGUAUCUAUCUCUAUAACUCUGUAUGAAACCUUGUGCCCAGCUGCUCUGGUGAUGAGAUGGUGAUGAUUUCAGGCUCCACACAUCUCUCUUUCUUUCCUCUCUGGAUUUUGUGCUCAUGUCGUGGUUGUGCAAAUAAAUGCUCCCUCCAAAUCCAGCAGUACAUUUCUUGGAAGGUUAAUAUUGUGUUUGUGAUACUGAAGUUAUUUGCUUUAAUUCUAAAUAAAAGUUUAUAUUUUACUUUUUA